AUGGCUUCCAACAAUCCAGCUGUUCCCGGUCAAUCCGCGGCCUCCUCAAAUCCGACAGUUCCAGCCGCCGAAAAUGCUACUCCUCACACUUAUGAUUACGCAAACCUUUCCCCUGUAGAGGCCUCGAAACGUCGAGCUGCAUACAAAGCAGUUGAAGAUCACUUCGACCCUUCUUACAAAUACGUCGGAAUUGGAUCGGGUAGUACUGUGGUUUACGUAGUGGAAGCUAUCGCUGCUAAAGGUCGAGAUAUCACUUCAAAGAUGAUCUUUGUUCCCACUGGCGAUCAAAGUAAACAAUUGAUUAUUGAAGCAGGUCUGCCUUUAGGAAGCAUCGAUUCUUUGCCUCCAGUAGUUGUUGAACCUCUUCAUCUGAGUGGAGAUGCUGCUUUCGAUGUUUCUACGGGUCUACAAGAUCUAGGUUUGAAGGGAAAGCGUGAAAGUCUUGAUGUUGCAUUUGAUGGAGCAGACGAAAUUGACGAAGAUCUCAACUGUAUAAAAGGAGGUGGAGCUUGUCUUUUCCAAGAAAAGUUGGUUGCAACUUCUUCCAAGAAGUUCGUAUGUGUAGCAGAUUACCGAAAGCUCCAACCUCGUCUCCUCACUUCUUGGAAAGCUAUUCCAAUCGAGAUUGCACCAUUAGCCGCUCCAACCAUUAAAAGAAUUCUAAUUACGCUCGGCUCUCCGGACCCAAAAAUCAGACAAGGCGGAAGUGCAAAAGCUGGGCCAGUAGUUACAGAUAACGGCAUGUGGAUCAUCGACGCGCCUUUCCCAAGACUUCUGAUUCAUUCAGAUUUGAAGGGCAAUGAUAAGGGGGAUGGAGAAAACGGCACUUGGGAGGUACACACCCUUGGAAGAAGAUUAAAGAGAAUAGUGGGUGUACUCGAGACUGGUCUUUUCCAUGGUAGAAAUGGCGCCCAGGUUGCCAAUGCUGGAGAAGAGGGUGGUGGACAGAAGCCAGUGGCUGCAUAUUUCGGUAUGGAGGAUGGAAAUGUUGAGGUCCGCACUGCUACAGAACACGGGGUGAAGUCGAGACCUUGA